UCAGGGCUAUUUCCGUCAUUGUCUAGACAAGGCUUUUUUUUCUCCUCUUAAAGAAGACGACCUUAAAGAACCAACAAACUAUAACCUCGCCGGGAAAUGGAGCAGCUAUCAGAAUCCGACCACCGCGAUUCAGCUGAUGCGACUACUAGCUCGUGUCAAUCCACCGCCGCAGAAGAUGGUCAAGUCGGUGGCGGUGGAGAAGCUAUGGCUCGAGGCUUAUCAGCGAUGCUCGAGUCCGUCAUUAAAGACUUUGACUCUAGAGCUCUUGACACGCUCAAUAGCCAAGAUCAUCUCUCCGGUUCGCUCGAUCGCCUUGUCCAAGAGCUAGAUCAAUUGCUGGAAAACGCUCCAUUGCCAUUCAUAGUACAACACGCAUCAAGAAUCUCCAGCGUCAAACAAAGAGUUUCAUCUCUCAAUCUUGUCCUUAAAUCUGUCCAACGACGUAUUGAUAACAUUGAUCACAUGCUUUCUGCCAACACCACGCUAGAGAAAACAUCCUCGGAAACUACAUGAUGACGAAAUCACUCUGUUACUUACUCUCUCUGUCGCUGUCGCUCUCUUUUUCUGCUUACUGCUUUGCUUUGGGAGCAAAAGCAAAGAGGUGAGUGUUUUGUACAAGCGCUAGUGUUUUUUCCACUGUUUGGUGUUAUUGGGCUUUCAGUGGGCUUUGCUUUGAUCAGUUCGUUUCUAGUUUAGAAUACCCAGUUUUAAUUUUUAUUUAUUUUGUUUAAAAAAUAAAAAAUAAAAUUUUUAUUUUGUAUCGUUACAAGCUCUAAUUCGAUGAACCACAUGGUCCAUCAAUCAAUCAUGUACAACAGAAUUUUUAAGUGAAUAUGUCGGGUCGUUUAUUUUCA